CCAGGAGCUUGGCUCUCCCUCCUCCUGCUCCCCCAGAGCCUGUCUGUAUUUGGAACUCCCGGAAGCUGCUGGCGACUCUCCCCUGGAACAGAGGGACUGACACCGACUUCUAUUAAAAAGGGGAGGAGGAGGAGAAGGAGGGCACGAGGAGGGGGAGGGACACGGAAGGAGGGUGCGAGUGGCCGAAUACGGCUUUUCAUUGCCAAAAACAAGACCCCAGGUCACCGAGGCAGAAUGGCAGGCAUGCCAGAACUGAUGGAAAGGCUGGAGAGGGCAGUGGUCCGACUGGAGUUGCUUUCUGCAGAAUCAUCCAGGCCUCCCAGGGACUCUGGAGAAGUGAAUGGUGUCAAUGGAGGCGUGGCCCCCUCUGUGGAAGCCUUUGAUAAGCUGAUGAAGAGUAUGGUGGCCGAGUUCCUAAGGAACAGCAGGACCCUUGCUGGUGACGUGGAGAUACAUGCAGAAAUGGUGCACAGCGCCUUCCAGGCCCAGCGGGCUUUCCUUCUGAUGGCUUCGCAGCACCAACAGCCUCAAGAGAAUGACAUGGCUGCCCUGCUGAAACCAAUAUCAGAGAAGAUUCAGGAGAUCCAAAUGUUCAGAGAGAGAAACCGGGGAAGCAACAUGUUUAAUCACCUCUCGGCUGUCAGCGAAAGCAUCCCUGCCCUGGGUUGGAUAGCUGUGUCCCCCAAACCUGGUCCUUAUGUCAAGGAGAUGAAUGAUGCAGCCACCUUUUACACUAACAGAGUCCUAAAGGACUACAAAAACAGCGAUCUGCACCAUGUGGAUUGGGUGAAGUCGUAUUUGAGCAUUUGGACUGAGCUCCAAGCAUACAUCAAGGAAUACCACACCACAGGCCUCACUUGGAGCAAAACAGGUCCUGUUGCAUCGACUGCAUCAGCAUUGGCAGCCCUCUCCCCAGGCCCUGGCCUUCCUCCACCUCCUCCUCCUCCACCUCCUCCAGGACCUCCUCUGCUUUUUGACAACAAAGACAGAAAAGAAGAGUCCUCUCCUUCACGCUCAGCUUUAUUUGCUCAGCUUAACCAGGGAGAAGCAAUUACAAAUGGACUCCGGCAUGUCACAGAUGAUCAGAUGACACAUAAAAACCCCAGCCUGCGGGCUCAAGGUGGACAAGCUCGGUCUCCAGCCAAAAUCCAGGCUCUGGCUCCCACAGCUCCCAAAUCUGAGCCUUCCCAGAAGCACGCUCCUGUGUUGGAAUUGGAGGGAAAGAAAUGGAGGGUGGAAUACCAAGAGGACAGGAAUGACCUUGUGAUUGAAGACAUUGAACUGAAACAAGUGGCUUACAUUUUCAAAUGCAACAAAUCUACUCUGCAGAUGAAAGGAAAAAUCAAUUCCAUUACAAUUGACAACUGUAAGAAGUUUGGCCUUGUAUUUGACAAUGUGGUGGGCAUUGUGGAAGUGAUCAACUCCAAGGACAUUCAAAUUCAGGUCAUGGGGAAAGUGCCAACCAUUUCCAUUAACAAGACCGAAGGGUGCCACAUAUACCUCAGUGAAGACGCCCUGGACUGUGAGAUUGUGAGUGCCACGUCCUCAGAAAUGAACAUCCUGAUCCCUCAGGACGGGGACUACAGAGAAUUUCCAGUUCCUGAACAGUUCAAGACAGCGUGGGAUGGAUCCAAGUUGGUCACGGAACCUGCAGAAAUUAUGGGCUAACCUCCAGAGAGACAGAUUCCCCCAAUGCCCCGAACCUCUCAUGUUCAAAAAUAAAAACAAGCAGCAUUAAAGACUCAGGCAUUGCAGUGGCCCCUAGUGCCCUGUGCUGUGGACAGCAGUUUCUGGCACGCUGCUGUGGGCAUUCUGGAGCAUUGAAUGUCUGUCUCUUCAUGA